CGUCGUGAGUGAUGCAGAAGAUGGAGGAGGACCGUGACCAGAAGUGGAGACAUUUUUUUGAGGAAGACGGUCACGUGACGGUCGGUUUUGAAAAAUGACACUUCUUCCCAGCUCCCCGGGACUUAAGGUCAUACCAGGACCGACCCGCGCGAUUGAGCCUGCGUGUUCUCUCGAUCGCCGCCAGUCGACGCCGCGCGCCAUGUGGUGGUUCGAGCAAGGUUGGUGCUUCCUGCCCGUCUUUUUGGUGGUGUGGUCCUCGAGCACUUUCAUCGUGUCCUACGUGGUCGCGCUGUUUCGACGCGACGUGGACGUGUUGUUCCCCUACAUCAGUGACACAGGAGCAAACCCCCCAGAGAGCUGCAUAUUUGGCAUGAUGACAUUUGAUUCUGCAUGCGCAGGCAUGGCCACAAUCUACAGCAGGUUCAAGUUUGUGGAGAAGCUGUGCGAGGAGACAAGGGCAGUGAAUCCACGGCUGAACAAGACAGCGCUGGCGCUGGGAAUGCUCUCUUGCUUGGGAAAUUGCGUGGUGGCCACAUUUCAGGAGACGGCGGUGACGACGGUUCACGACAUUGGCGCGUUGCUUUUCUUCCUCACGGGCGUCCUCUACAUCCUUCUGCAGACCGCCAUUUCCUACCACGCCUUCCCGUACGGCUCGUCCUUGGCGGUGUGUCGGGCGCGGCUAGCUGUGGCUGUCCUUGCCUCGCUGGCUAUCUUCCCGACUGUCAUUUGUGCAUUUUUUGUCAAGCAAAAGGACCUGCACAGAGACGCUGGGAGCAAGGACUAUCCGUUCCAUGUGGCCAGCGCCGUGUGCGAGUGGAUCGUGGCCUUCAGUUUCGUCUGCUUCUUCCUCACCUACAUUGACGACUUUAAACUGUUUACCUUGCGGGUGAAGACCGAGAUGCUAUAGAGGAGAGCAAAGCACACUUUCCCGGAGCAUUUCACACGCUGCUGCGCGGCCUCGCAUCCGUGGAGAGACUUUUGCACUUUGUUCCACUCUUGCGACAUCAUGGAAAAAAAAAAACUUUUUUUUUUUUUUUUUAUGAGAGGCGGACGCAUGAUCGACGAGGAUUGUUGUCACAUGGUGCUGAGCCACUUUUAUUUUUAUAACUGUAUCUGACAGAGAGUAGUCUAACACUUCAUGUACUUGUUUUGACAUUUACACUACUCCAAAAUAGUUUUGAGGUGACAUUUCAGCACUAUAACCUUUUACAGGUGAUCGUUUUAUAACUUUUGGUGAAUAGUGUAGAAGUUAUGUCCUACUAUAAUUUCAUAAGGAAUUCAUCAGUAUUGCUGGAGUACAUAUCACAGUCACGCUGGUCGAAAAGGUAUGAAAUGAUGAAAAGUAUUCAUUGGAUUGUUAAUUCAACACCCCUAACCAAGAAUAAAGACCCUUUUUUUACAUUAAAAAAAUUAUGGUUUGGUUU